UCAGUGCGCGCGCGCAGAGCACGCGAGCGGGGCGGCUCAGCCAGGCCAUGGUUCCUGCCGCAGGCUCGGUGAGGGCGCGCUACCUCGUGUACUUUCAGUACUUGGGCACGGAGUUCAACGGGGUCGCGGCCGUCAGGGGCUCCCAGCGCGCCAUCGGGGUCCAGAACUACCUGGAGGAGGCUGCAAAGCGGCUGAAUUCGGUGGUGCCGGUCAAGUUCACCAUCUCCAGCCGCACGGAUGCUGGGGUCCACGCCCUGAGCAACGCAGCUCACCUGGACAUCCAGCGCCGCUCAGGCCAGCCCCCCUUCUCCCCCGAAGUCCUGGCUGAAGCUCUCAAUGGCCACCUGAGGCACCCGGCCAUCCGGGUACUGCAGGCCUUCCGAGUACCUAGUGACUUCCACGCCCGCCAUGCAGCCACAUCCAGGACCUACCUGUACCGCCUGGCCACCGGCUGCCAGCGGCCUGAUCAGCUCUCUGUGUUUGAACGAAACCGAUGCUGGGCACUACGGGCAGACUGCUUGGAUGUAGAUGCCAUGCAGGAGGCUGCCCAGCACCUUCUAGGGACACAUGACUUCAGUGCCUUCCAGUCAGCUGGCAGCCCGGCCACUAGCUCAGUGCGCACACUGCGCCGAGCCUCGGUGUCCCCUGACCUAGGCAGCCCCUUUGUCCUCCCCCAGGAGAACAGGUUGCAGUUCUGGAACCUGGAGUUUGAGAGCCAGUCCUUCCUAUACAGACAGGUUCGGAGAAUGACAGCUGUGCUGGUGGCUGUGGGGCUGGGGGCUUUGAGGCCCGCUCAGGUGAGGGUGAUUUUGGAAAGCCGGGACCCCCUUGGCAGACACCAGACACGUGUGGCCCCAGCCUGUGGCUUAUUCCUCAAGUCGGUGCAGUAUGGGAGCCCCGGUGGGAAUCCAGCCUGUGUUCAGUGGGAAAGCCAGGACCCCGGAGGCAAGGAAGCCCCAGCCAGGCUUCACCCCAUGGAGGCACAGAGAGCCCCCGGGUGCCCGUGACACACUAGGCCCUGCCACUGGACCCUGCCCAGCUCUGCAUGCCAUGGAGGCGAGGAGGGACCAGCACUUGACCACCUAGGCCCAUACCUGCUCCAAGUCCCCACAUUCCUGAGCGCCCCGGUCUGCCCCAGGCGGGCUGCCGUGGGUAGACUGCAGGAGAAAGGUUUGGGCGUCAAGAAGGGAGCACCCGUGUGGUCUUUGGUUCUAUUUUUACUGGACAUUGAAUACCUCAGGAGCCAUCCAGCCAUGUCCUGAGGGCUCAGGAAUAGAAAUAAAGAGUGAUGAAGUC